AUGGUGUAUCGUGGUAAGCCAAGCGGCGCCUGUGAACGCUGUCGUGGUCGUCGUUUGAAGUGCGAUCAAGGGUCUCCAGCGUGCACCCAGUGUAUGCGAGCCGGGGUUGAUUGUCCAGGGUAUCGAGAUCUUUUCGAAUUAGGAUUUCGUGACCAGAAUGAUGAAGUAAUUCGCAGGUCGCAACGCCUGUCACGUAAAAAGCGAACAACAGUCAUUGCUAGCACUGAAGCCAGUGCCGAAGCCAGUGCUGAGGCAAGCACUGUUGACAGCACUACUGCAAGUACUACCACAGCCACUGUUGCAAGCCAUGUUGAAAAUCAUGUUGCAAGCAAUUCUUCACUACCGAUUGAUGAAGGUGGAGACAUGUCUCUGUCUCCACUGCGUAUGCCUACAUACCCAGCACAGGAGCUGGCGAAGUCUUAUAUCUUUAGCCACUACUUAACAGCAGGUCCUCGUGGUGGCCAUAUGUCAUAUUUACUGCCUCUGGUCAGUGACACGCGAAACUCAGCGAUCAAUGCUGCUCUGAAUGCCGUUGGAAUGGCAGCCUUAUCCAAUAUCCGCCUAUCUCCACAGAUGAUGUUAAAGGCACGGCGAGAAUACACCACAGCUUUGUCACAGACCAAUAGCGCUUUGAGAGAUCCAGUCAUGGCCAAGAGAGAUGAUAUCUUGGGAUCGGUUGUUUUACUUGGCAUGUUUGAAGUCAUGACCUGCAGCGAUGAAUCGUUCAUUGAUCGUUGGAUGAAACACAUGGAAGGUGCCGCAAGGCUUAUAGAGUAUCGGGGCGAAGAGCAAUUGACCCGACCAGAGGGGUUGGAAUUGUUCACACAGCUACGUGCGCAGAUUAACGUUAGCAAUCUUUACUACGAGAAGGCCAGCUCUCCAAUGAUUACUAAGCUUACAGAGACCGCAAAGCAAUAUCGCCAGAGUUUCGAUGACCAAAUUGUUGAUCACCUUGGUCUUGUGGUGUAUAAGCUUAGUGAUUUCUAUGCGGCAUUGAAGAACAUGGAGAUCACAGAGCCUAGGGAGAUACUGCGCACCGCAAUGACACUUGAUGCCGAGCUCAUGUCAAUAUUUAUCAAUGUCCCUCCUCGAUGGAGCUACAGAGUUGUCAAAGUGCCGAUGUUUGACGGUGUGCCUAUCACAAAAGCUGUUUGGGGCGAUAAAUACCAUGUCUACCAUGAUCUUGCUGCCAGCAAAGCAUGGAACAAUUACCGAGCCGCCCGAAUCCUCAUUCAAGAGUUGAUUCUUGAAACUGUGAAGGGUCUAGAUGUUACUGGAUACGAUGAAACUGCUCAGCAACAACAAAGGAACUUGUCCAAUCAGAGCCUGCAGGUUCUGCACCAGUUAGUUGAAGAUAUAUGCGCCAGCGUUCCAUUUCAUCUUGGCGCAGGUAUAGAAGAAGGUGCCGAAUUUCAAACUUCAACUCUAGAACAUGGAGAUCAACCCGAUUCCUCCUCUUUUUGGAAUCCAUUCUUUGGAAAUAUUUCAGCAUUUCCAUCACCAUGGCAAAACAUGCCUCAACAUCUAUCUAUGGAAGGAAUAUCCUCAUCUAGCAGCAAUUCAACACCUCAUUUCUUCCCGGCAAGUACGACAAGUCCAAGAUCGGGAUCCGUUUUCAUGGAUUAUACUUCUAGUCCAUUUGAAGUCUCUGGCGCAGGAGGUGUUACGCUGAUCUGGUCACUGCUCAUUGCCGCCAAUACAGGGUUCGCAUCGUAUGAACUUCGUAAAUGGAUUACGGACUGUCUUGAUAAAAUUGGGCAUUCCAUGGGUAUCAACCAGGCGCUGGCUAUGGCGCAUAUACUACGAAGAGGAAUGAAUUCAAGAGCUUGGUUAUCGCCGGAGAACAAGUCUCCAGUAUUUACUGCCUAA